UUUGUGCAGGCAGAGUUUGAGAAGAUGGCAGAGGAUGUGAAGAAGGUGAAGACGAGGCCGACGGACCAGGAGCUGCUGGACCUGUACGGCCUCUAUAAGCAGGCCAUAGUUGGAGAGAUUAACACGGAUAGACCAGGAAUGAUGGAUGUAAAAGGAAAAGCUAAGUGGGACGCCUGGAACUCCAGGAAAGGAAUGUCCAAGGAAGAUGCCAUGUCCGCCUACGUCACACUUGCAAAGGAAGUCAUCAGCAAGUACGGCAUGUAAGGCUCGCAAUAAACUGAAGUGGCAGAAUAAAUGCAAAAAAAUUCCUAACUUUAUAACUGAAACAAAGCUGCUGUCUCUAAAACAAACAGCCUCCUGCUGCCGGAGGCCAUAAUGACGCAGGAUAAAGUUCAAAUUUGCUGUGAUUUCUUUUUAUAGUUUGUCUUUUUUUUAAACGUAGAUUCUUUUUAUUAACUUGUAUGAGCUAUGCAUCCAUUAAGAUCAGAAGUAUAAAAUUUGCUAGUUGCAAUUAAUGAUGUAGUUUAUUCUUGUAAUCCACAAGUACACAGCAAUAUACUGUAAUACUGUAUAAUUUACGGUACUUAACAGCACUUUGAUAUGCAGUUUGGUUCCUUACCCAAACAGGACAAACUAAAUGCUGUCAAAUGUGAAAAUAAAACCUCUUUAUGCACUG